AUGUCGCGCGGGCCGUCGGUCGUCCUGCACGACUCGGACUAUUCGGACUACUACGAAAAGCGGACGACACAGCCGUCUCGCAGCUCCAGCUCUUCGCUCAACAUCGCCUUCGUCUGCCCUCCCCUCUCUGGGCACAUGAUCCCGCUGCUACACAUUGCGGACGCUGUCGUCAAGCGAGGGCACCGCGUAAGGGUCUUGUGCUGUGAUUACGGUGAGGCGGAAUUCGCUCCCAAGGCCAAGAAGCUGGGGUGUGAGUUUGAGGCUCUGGACACCGACGGCAUGACGGCGGAGAAGGUGCAUGAGCUAGCAGAGGCUGGCGGGACGACGCCCUUCGCGCCGCUGCUGCGACUAAUGGAGGCUCCGAUCCUUGCUGCGUGCGAGCGGGACCGGCCCGACCUCAUCGUCGCGGACUUUGUCACCUUUGCCGCCUCCAAAGUCGCCCUGCAGAUCGACAUUCCUCUCGUCGUCAAUGUACCGGGUCCGCUCUCGAUGGUCAACUCGCUCCUCGGCCUGAUGGACUCGUCGACGCACUCCGCCGCUUUUGGCUUCCACUUUGGGCGCACCACCUUCUCCAUGUUUUCGGUGCUGGCCUUUUUCAACAUCAAGGGCGUGCGCGACAUGACCAAGCACCUCGGCGAGUACAUUGGCGGCAGGGGCGCCCUCACGCUCGUCCAGACCGUCUGGGGGCUCGACCGGCCACAGCCGCUUCCACCGAGCAUUGUCGUCACGGGACCCGUCCUUCCCUCGCCGGGCGACCUGCGGGAGACGCUCACGCGCGAGUACCCGGAGCUUCGGACAUUCCUGAAGGGGAGUCCGACGGGCGUUGUCCUUGUCACGACGGGCUCGCUCGCGCAGCUCUAUCCGUGGCAGGUCGAGGCCAUCUUCCACGGGCUCAAGCAGGCAAAGUGCCGCGUCGUGUGGGGCCUGAAGGAGGCGGCGCAGGCCCACCUGCCCUCGAGCACCGACCCCGACUUUUACAUCUCCAAGUGGAUCCCACAGGCCGCGCUUCUGCAGGACAGUACGCUCGAGUGUGUGGUCGCGUCCAAGCCAAUCGUCGCGAUCCCAUUCUUUGGCGAUCAGCCGGAAAAUGCAAACCUGCUCGUCGGCGCCGGUGCGGGAGAGUACAUUGGCAAGGUCCCGGCCGGCGGCAUGGACAUGAACCCUUACAAGGAGGGCGACUUCACGGCCAAGACCGUUGCCACCGCCGUCGCCAAGAUUAUGGCCAACCCCGACUAUACCAAGGCGGUCGCGAAAAUGGCCAAGUCGUCACGCGCGAGCGGCGGUGCGGAGGCGGCGGCGCAGCAGAUCGAGUGGGCAGCCCGCUUCGGCACGUGCCAGCUGCACUACCCGCUCAAGCGGACCAACCCGCUGAGCGGCCUCCUCCUCGCCGCCGCCGGCUUUGCGGCGCUGGUGGGGUACAGGCUCGUGAGGAAGUGA